AUGUCUUCAAUCUACAAAGCAUUACAAUCCAAGUCCUCAAAAGACACUCUGGACAAAACCAAACACAUCAACAGACAACGAUUACUAGUCAUAUCCUCACGAGGCAUCACCUACAGACACCGUCAUCUCAUAAGUGAUUUAUUGACCCUUUUGCCCCAUGCUCGAAAAGAACCCAAGUUCGAUACCAAGAAGAACCUUUACUUGUUGAAUGAAGUUGCCGAGUUAUACAACUGCAACAAUAUCUUUUUCUUUGAGUGUAGAAAACACCAGGAUUUAUAUCUUUGGAUCUCCAAACCGCCAAAUGGUCCCACUGUCAAAUUCCACAUUCAGAAUUUGCACACUUUGGAUGAAUUAAACUUCAUCGGUAAUUGCCUUAAGGGGUCUAGACCGAUUUUAAGUUUUGACAAACUGUUUGAUACCACUGGUGACCAUUUCAAAUUGUUGAAGGAAAUGUUUAUACACACAUUUGGAGUGCCUCCAAAUGCCAGAAAACUGAAACCUUUUAUCGAUCACGUCAUGACUUUUUCCAUCGUCGAUGGAAAGAUUUGGAUAAGGAAUUACCAGAUUAACGAAACUUUGGAAACGAAGGAGAAUGAGGAUGGGAAUGAAGUCGAUGUCGAUUCGUUGAAUUUGGUUGAAAUUGGCCCUAGAUUGGUUUUGACCUUGAUUACUAUCUUGGAGGGUUCAUUUGGUGGACCCAAGAUUUAUGAAAAUAAGGAGUACGUGUCGCCUAAUUUCGUUAGAGCUCAAUUGAAACAACAAUCGGCUCAACAAGCUAGAAGUAGGGCUGAAGCUGCUUUGGAGAGGAAGAUUAAAAAGAGAAGUCAAGUUUUGGAGAAGGAUCCAUUGUCCAAUGAUGCAUUGUUUAAAGAGUAG